AUGAGACUCAAAUCGUCUUUCUGCCUGAGGACAGUAAAACCCUCAAGUGUGACAAGCGACAAGGUGCAAUAUAUAAUAAAUCUGACAAAAAUUUCUUAUGAAUUUCCUAUAAAAAGACAGAAGGGGUUAAUAGCAAGGUACAACUAUUGUCAACUCUUCACGAUGCAAGCUUUGUGUGUAGCUGUGGUAGUCAUUGCCGUCUUUGACAUCGUCUCUGGGACAACAAACCUGCCGGAUCAAAAGUUCGUGUGGGGCAAAUGGUCCACGUGGAGCGAGCGUGUGGGGGAGUGCAGUGUCAGCUGUGGGGGAGGCUCCCAGACUGUGGUGAGGACGAGGAAGUGCCAGGGUGGUCUGAUCUGUAAACCCAUCAACGCGGGGAUACGUAUCUACACACAGGCCUGUAACACCGACAGCUGCUCAGUGGAUGGAGGAUGGUCUGCUUGGGGUGAAUGGACCGACAAUGACGGCGAGGAGUGCUCAGUGUAUUGCGGAGGGGGCAAGGUCAGGCAGUCGCGAGAGAGGUCAUGUGACAACCCAGAACCUCAGAAUGGCGGUGCUGACUGUGAAGGAGAGAGUGUGGAGAAACGAAUAGCCAACUGUAACACACAAGGAUGUGGAGAUUAUUGCCCAGACAGGCAAGUGAAGUUCUUCCCCCAUCCUACCAACAGAGGUCGGUACUACCAGUGUGGGAACUACAUUGCUUACCUCAUGAAGUGUCCCAAAGGCCUCGUCUGGGAUGACAGCAUCUGGACGUGCAACUUUGACAACUGAGACGUCCCGCUAACUUGAUGUCACAUGCACAUGUACAGUCCUAAUAAAGCAGAGUUAUCAAAG